AUGGUAACGCUAAAUCAUCAAGAUUUCUGGCAGCCAACACCGAAUUCCCUGCAAAGGUUUUCUUCGGUUGGUUCGGAAACCCAGACCAUGGCUGUAGCAGAGCAACUGAACACCUCCAGAGAAGAAGCAAGCGGCUACAGCCUAGAGAACAAUGUGCUAGAAGAAGAGGACAGAGUAAUGAACUUCGCAUCGGAAAUUGAUCGGUUCUCUCGGCCUGUUUCGCCUGAUACCUAUCCCAAGGAUGCACCAGCUGCCGAUAAUUACCCCAGUUACCCCGAGGAGGUUGCGCUUUAUCCUUCCUCCCGAGUCAGUAGUACGGCUUCUGUGACUGGCCUAGAUGGACCUGGAACAAUGAGAGUCUUCGAUGUCUUUGAAGACGAGCAUAUGCAGUUUACUGCAAAUCGAAGGAAGCGAGCCUUGGAGGACCUUAGUAUCCCUUCCCCGAAACGACGCCGGUACCCGUAUUUAACUACCAUAAGUGCGACCAAGUCACGAGGAAGACGAACGAAUCGACCAGAAGCCGAAAAUUCAUCAUUUCAUGGCGAAGAGGACUAUGCAGAUAAUCAUCUAGCCGGGCUCGGGAAUGCGAUCAGGUAUCUGAAGCGUUUCUACAGCCACGCAUAUGGUAUCAUUGCAACAAGCACCAUAUCAAUAGAGAAUCCUGUUCGACAAGCUACGACUGUACAAGCACGGCAAACUACCACGCGCAGAAAGUGGACCUCUGAAGAUGAUCGUCAUUUGUUCAAGCUGAGAGACUCUCAAAAACUGCCAUGGAGCCGUAUGUUACAUGUCAGACGAAAAGACGAUUCGAUUCGGUACCAUCAACGAAAGUAUCAGAGCUGGAGAAAGGAAGAAGGGAAGAUCGGAAUCGUGGGGGAUUUCUGUUUAUCCCAGGCCACGAUUGUCCUGUUUGUCUCUAUGCCAAACUUCCAUCUUGCAUCAACCUCAACCUCCCAUUGCUAA